AUGCCUGAAAAAGUGCUCGAUUUAUUUGAUCAAAUGAAUAUCCAACCUGAUCAAGCUGUUUUCAAUACUCUAUUUAGUGCUUGUGCUCGUGUUGCUAAUGAUCGUGCUAAAGAAAUUGGAAGAAAACUUCUUCAACAAAUGCCUAAACAUUUUUAUAAUGAUCAUGUUUUACUCACUUCAGCAAUAUAUAUGUUAAUGAAGUUUGGUGAUGUUGAAAAUGCUGAAAAUUUUUUCCAAACGAUGAAGAAGAAAAAUAUCAUUACAUAUGGUGCUAUGAUGAAAGGAUACGUGGAAAAUAAAAUGUAUGAUAAAGCAUUAGAUUUAUUUGAACAAAUACCAUUUGCUCUUCAAAAUACCAGUUAUACUAUUAUUUUUAAUGCCUGUGCACAACUUGCAAAUGAUCGUGCUAAAGAAAUUGGAAGAAAACUUCUUCAACAAAUGCCUAAACAUUUUCAUAAUGAUCAUGUUUUACUUACUUCAGCAAUAUAUAUGUUAAUGAAGUUUGGUGAUAUUGAAAAUGCUGAAAAUCUUUUCCAGAUGAUGAAGAAGAAAGAUAUCAUUACAUAUGGUGCUAUGAUGAAAGGAUACGUGGAAAAUAAUAUGAAUGAUAAAGCAUUAGAUUUAUUUGAACAAAUACCAUUUGCUCUUCAAAAUACCAGUUACACUAUUAUUUUUAAUGCCUGUGCACAACUUGCAAAUGAUCGUGCUAAAGAAAUUGGAAGAAAACUUCUUCAACAAAUGCCUAAACAUUUCCAUAAUAACAAUGUUUUACUCACUUCAGCAAUAGAUAUGUUAAUGAAGUUUGGUGAUAUUGAAAAUGCUGAAAAUCUUUUUCAAAUGAUGAAGAAGAAAGAUAUCAUUACAUAUGGUACUAUGAUGAAAGGAUACGUGGAAAAUAAUAUGAAUGAUAAAGCAUUAGAUUUAUUUGAACAAAUGCCAUUGAAUCCCAACAAUGUGAUUCAUAUCAUCGUUUUCAAUGCUUGUGCACAAAUUUUGAAUGAUCGUGGUGAAGAAAUUGGAAGAAAACUUCUUGAUCAAAUACCAAAACAUUUUCAUAAUGACAAUGCUUUACUCAAUUCAGCAAUAGAUAUGUUAAUGAAGUUUGAUGAUGUUCAAAGUGCCGAGAAACUAUUUCGAACGAUCAAGAAAAAAAAUAUUGUGACAUUUGGAGCUAUGAUGAAUGGAUAUAAUAUAAAUAAUGAACCAUUUAAAUGUUUACAAUUACUAGAAGAAAUCAAGCAACAUGGUUUCAUACUCGAUGAAUGUGUAUCAGCCAUAUUGAUAAAUGCAUGUGCACGGCUUGGUGUGAUUUCAACAUGUCAAUCAGUUAUUGAUCAAAUUCCUUCAUAUUUAUGU